UAGCCACUGAAGAAAGAAAACAAGUCAAGAUGCAUUUUAAAUUUGUUAUUGGGUGCAAUUUUUUUUUAUUUCAAACCGUUAUUAUAUUAUAUACGGAAGAAAAUAAGCUUUGCAUUACCUUUUGAAAAUCCGAGUUUAUUCUGGGUACGUGAACACAGCAUAGCCAGUGCCGGAAAAAGCAAGUCGUUAUCCUGCCGCACAGGCGCAAAAAAGGUCGGAUUUCAGAUACGAUUGGUCUUAGCCGCUCAUGCUAACCAACAACGUCAGCUAUACGUACAUGAGUUCCUACCUUGGUGCACAUAAGACUGGCAACAAUGAAGAGGAGCAGGCAUCCCAGCACCAGUGAUGAGUCUGACAAUGGAAGUAGCUCCACCUCCUGGUCCCAACAUUCAUCACAGCCAAGGAGGGGGACGGGACAGAAACCCUCUGAGGUUUUCAGAACUGAUCUGAUCACAGCAAUGAAGGUGCACGACUCACACUCUUUAAACCCAGAGGAUUAUUACAUUCUAGCUGAUCAAUGGAGACAGGAGUGGGAGAAGGGAGUCCAGGUCCCUGUUAGCCCCCAGUCCAUUCCACAGCCUGUCACCAGGGUUUUGGCAGAGAAAGGCAGUGAAGUCAUGUUUGUCCGACCAAAGAAGUUGAUCAGAACGUCUGGAGCCGAGGCGCUGGGCUACGUCGAUAUACGGACUUUAGCAGAAGGGAUGUGUCGUUACGACCUGGAUAAAGAAGAUGUGGCCUGGCUGCAGAUCAUCAAUCGGGAGUUCACAUCGAUGGCGAUGGUGCAGCUAGAUGAGAUGACAAUGGAGAAGCUGAUGGAGGAGUUUGAACACCGCUGUUAUGAGAACAUGACUCAUGCUAUGGAGACGGAGGAAGGUCUAGGCAUCGAGUACGACGAGGAUGUGGUCUGUGAUGUGUGUCAGUCACCAGACGGAGAGGACAACAAUGAGAUGGUGUUCUGUGACAAGUGCAACAUCUGUGUUCACCAGGCUUGUUACGGCAUCCAGAAAGUCCCUACAGGCAGCUGGUUGUGUAGAAUUUGUGCUCUGGGCAUUCUGCCUAAAUGUCAGCUGUGUCCCAAGAAGGGUGGAGCUAUGAAACCCACCCGCAGUGGAACCAAGUGGGUCCAUGUCAGCUGUGCCUUGUGGAUUCCAGAGGUAAGCAUCGCAAAUCCAGAGAAGAUGGAACCGAUCACAAACGUGUCCCACAUCCCCAGUAACAGGUGGGCUCUGAUCUGCUGCCUGUGUAAAGAGAAGGCAGGAGCAUGUAUACAGUGCUCUGCUAAAAACUGUCGAACGGCCUUCCAUGUGACCUGUGGUCUUCAUGCCAAGCUGGAGAUGAACACCAUCCUGACUGAGGACGACGAGGUUAAGUUCAAGUCCUUCUGUCCCCAGCACUCAGGACUGGAAGGAGCUUUGGCAGGUGGUGAAGAGGAAGAGGAGGAGAAGGAGUGCAUCAGAGAUAAGAAGUGCAGGAGGAGGGGCAGAGUGAGUGGAGGGGGAGAUAAUAGUCGGUCUGCUCCCUCCUUUUCAACGGCAUCUUCCCGUGCAGCUGCUCAGCUCACUGACAGAAGUGAUCAACAAGACCUGAGCAGUCGUCAGCAGGAGAAAAGAGUCAACCUGCGAAAGCUAAAGCUGCAGGAGAUGGAGGAGGAGUUCUACCAGUUUGUGGAGGUGGACGAGGUGGCUGCUCACUUGAAGCUGCCACCGGAGAUGGUGGACUUUCUAUACCAGUAUUGGAAGCUAAAACGUAAAGCCAACUUCAACCAACCACUGCUAACACCCAAAAAAGACGAGGAGGAGAGUCUGGCCCGGCGGGAGCAUGAGGUUCUGCUUCGACGACUGCAGCUCUUUACGCAUCUACGGCAGGACUUGGAGAGAGUCCGUAACCUGACCUACAUGGUGACCCGCAGGGAGAAGAUGAAGAGAUCGCUCUGCAGAGUCCAAGAGCAGAUCUUCCACCACCAGGUCAGGCUGCUGGACCAGGAGCUGCUGGACCAGGAGCUGCUGGACCAGGGGCUGCUCACAGGAAGUCCUUUGCUUAAGGACUCAGAGAGUCUCUUGUCUUCGGGCAGUUUUUCUUCUCAGGACUCAAACUCUGGCUCCUCCUGGACUCAGUCUGGAUCCAAAAGCAGCUCAGCUUCUAUAAAGCAGAGAAAGAAUAAGAGCAGGGAUAAAAAAAGUCUGUGUGACUUUCCUCGCACCUCUCACAAGAAGGAGAAUCUGAGCAAACCACUGGAGAACAAGGACAGUAAAAACUACUGUGUCAAAGAAUGCACAGACGACGCUGGAGUCCAAAGUCUUGAGUCCGCUGACAAGACUUGCUUCCCCAAACUCCACAAGUCUGUGGUUUUUCAGGUGAAAGCUGAAAGCAGGAAAAGUGUGAAACGUGAUAACAAUCAGGACCAUGAGGAGCGGAGGAGGAAAAGAAGGGUUGUGGAGGAGGAGGAUGAAGAGAUGAGCUUCUGCAGCCAAACCAGGAACAGGAGCAGAUGUAAACAUCUGGAAAAAACCGUGUCCAUUAGACUGGUGGACAUCCGGAGUUCGGACCAUAACAACUUCUUCACUGAGGAAGGAGUAACCAGGAGAAACCCCGCCUCCCUGGCCUUUACCACCAACAGUAAAUUUAACAAAGGCAGCCUGUCAUCAGGCAACACUGACACUAAAGCUAACAUUUGGAUGAAGAAAAGCCAGGCUUCUGACAGAACGCUGGGAGGAACCGUCAGAGGCUGGGGAAAGUUUAGGAUCCCAAAGAGGAUGGAGAGACCACUGACAGUGAGAGGGAGGGAGGAGGAGCUACAGAAGCCGCUCCUUAGACCUCUCAUCAACACACCCGUCACCUCCCAGCUGCGGACCAGACUCCGUGAUGGCUUCACCUCUGACCCCAGGCCUACAGAUGGUGAGGUGGAGCGAUGUUCCAAACGCUACCACUCCCACCAGCUGAGGGGAGACACAUCCCUCAGCCGUCGCUACAACUCUGACAUCAUCCGACGCGGUGUGCUGGCAUCCUGAUAACUGACCAUAAGCUGCACCGUAUUUGUGAAUGAGAAGAGCGACUGACGGACUGUCAGUUGCUUUUAUUUUUCUUGAUCUGUUAAAAUGCCUAGAUUUAAAAAAAGAAACAAACAGAGCUGGUAUUUAUUUUUUAUUUGUAAGAUAUGUAAAAGUGGGAAAUAUUUUACUUUUUACCUUAUUUUGAGCUAGUUUUAUUUUUUAAUAUUUUCAAAGAGCAGUUUUUUUAUGUGGAUGUAAUAUCUGUACCGCUGCCCCCUUUAUUCAUUUUUUUGCAACUAAGCUAAAUCUAAAAAAAAAACAAAAAAACAAAAAUUCAAUCACCCAGGUCACCAGUAACACAGUUGAACUCACUAAUGAAGUGAAUAAGCUAGUAUUGUGUCUACGUACAUUUUCCUAUAGACCUUGAUAUGACUUGAUAAGAAAAGUUUACACCAGUGUAAGAAACCUGCUAUUUUAUCAAACAAGCCUUUGAUUUAGAAUCUAUGGUCAGUUUACCCUGAGGUCUGUUCCUGCAGCUGUGUUCUCAGCAACAGCCACGCUGUUUCUAGACGAAGACCAGCAGGGGGCACUUGUACAUUUCAGGAGGUAUACAUUUUACAUCCACACUUCAGAAAACUAGAGUCUAAAUUAUCUCUUUACAGUAGAUGAUGUCAAGUUGCCACUCAAAAAUGCUCUCUGAGAUAUUUACAAGAAGCAGAUUAUUUUUUUGGGACCACAGGCUUCGAUCGUUGUUUGUAUUUGACAUAGUAAUAACAGAGAACUCGACCACUUGUCGACUGCACUUAAAGGAAAAAAGCUAAACAAAUAAAUAUUAGUUCAGUCUGUCGCUCGCAGGGAAAUGGUUUUACACAGGAAGUCACGCUGCUCCCUGAAUUCAUCAUAAGAAUCAAUGUAUAAAAGUCGUCCUUUUGUUCAGCACUUAUUUGUACGGGAACUACGGUCGACUAGUCUCCAACACGUGCCUAAAAUUUAAUUUGAAGUUUGCACUACCAGAGAACAGAGCAGGUGUGAGAGUAGAUUUAUUUUUUACACUGAAAAAAUCUUUUGUAUCCUCAGCCACUCCUGUGCUACUACUGUUAUGCAAAAUCCCUAAACUCUUGUUCUCUUUGUCAAAAGGAAAGGAAUAAAGGUUUCUGCAGGACUAAAGAAAAGAAAA